AUGGCAUCAGAGGUGCUCUGUAAAGUGGGGGACGGGGAAGAGGCAGUACAGACGAGGGAAACCCCUAAUGUUAUGAAUGCGGCCGAACAGCUGCUGAAGCCCUGUCCAAAUCCUAAGUUCACCAACCGCACCAAGGCUACCAAAGGCCUCCCGCUUUCCUCAAGACGCAGCCUGGUUAACUACUUGGAGGAAGAUGCCAUCAACCACAUGAAGCAGAUGCCAGUGGACGAUUCCGAAUACAGCUCGGAUGACACCAGCAUGUCCCCUGUCUCCUCCACCUUGCUGAAUCCCAUCAAACUGGCUGUGACCCAACCAAACAGUAGCUUCUUUGCCGGGAUGCUGGAGGGUGAGUUAAACAAACUCAGCUUAAUGUCACUGGACAAGAACGAAGACAAGGGAAACCUGGCUGUCUGUGCUUCUCCAUCGAAGUCCCAGUUGACUCCUCGGGGCCUGCUGGAUCUUGACAACCCUGAGCUGGACACGGACACCUCCUCGACGCGCUCAAGAUCACCCGUGGUCUUGGAUGUGCCAGAAGCCCCUUUCAUCUGUGAGCACACUGUGGGCGACUCCACGGCUGUGAUUUCCUGGACCUACGCUGUGGGCAAGCAGCAGGUCAGUUUCUACCAGGUGCUGCUGCAGGAGGCAGCCAAGCAAGAGGGGAAACUGACCAAAGCCAAGAAUCGCCCAUGGAUCUUCAACAAGAUUUUGGGGACCACUGUCAAGCUGAUGGAGCUGAAGCCCAACACGAGAUACUGCCUCACUGUCCGCGCUGUCAAUACAGCUGGGGUCGGGAAAUGGUGCAAGCCCUACAAAUUUGCAACUGUGCCUAAUGACAUCAGCAGCUUCCCUGAGAGCAACCCCAUCCAGGUCACCGUGCGGCGCAAACCCCCACAGCGGAGAACCGUGUUCAUGGAGAUGGAAGACAUGCGGCGGGUGGAGGAUUUGGAAUACCUACACCCCUACUAG